AUGCUCUCCGAUUCUCGAUCGGUUCUCCCAGGCCUCUACAACAAUCGACGAUCUCACUUCAGGCUUACUUCUUCUUCAGUGAGCAUAGGAUCACCUCCCCGCGACCAUCCUCCUCGUCAUAAAAUCAUCCAGCUAGGGAUUUUUCUUCUCGAUCUCUUCAGGGAUGGAGACUUGUUUCACCACUUUUCAUCUUUGCUGGAGUCUGCAAUUUUUCCAGCAAUAGUUAUGAAUGAAAAGGAUAUUAUGGAGUGGGAGGAAGAUUCAGAUGAGUACAUAAGAAAAAAUAUCCCUUCUGAACUUCAUAUGGGUGAUUUUAAUUAUCCAAGAUUAGCUUACUUUGUUGCUGCAAUAUCUGGUUCAAACAAAGUACGAUGCCAACAAGUGCUUGAAGAGCUAGAUGUUUACAAACAGUUGAGACUUAGUCUUGAGUUAUUAAAGAAAGAAAUGGAGAUACAAAGGAUUCUGAUAGAUUCAACAAUGCUUGGGGUUUAUGAUAGAUUCAACAAGGGUCUAUCAGAUUCAAGUAAAGUUGAUGGAAGAAAGGAAUAUGAAGCCACUUGA